UUAAAUUGUAGGACAGACUACCGGAUAUAGUGACGUCUUCUUACUUAACCAAUUAACUAUUCUCGUCAUUCAAGUUACCGGACGACAAAAUGGCGAAGCUUUUAGGGAUCUGUGUCCUUCUUUCCUACCUCACAGGUGUGACUGCUGAAUUAUGUACUGCAUCUACAUCAUCAUACUACUACUACAGCUACUACUACAGCUACUACAUCAAUUGUGACACUGGUUGCUGCGGCUAUUAUUAUGACCGGGAAUGCUGUACUUCAUCAGGUGGUACAAUUGCCGGAGCGGUCAUUGGCUGUAUUUUCUUCAUCGCCUGUAUCGUCGUCUUUAUCAUCGUCAUCAAGUCCUGUAACAGGAAAAGGACUGGUGUUAUUGUCGCAGGGCAAACUGGUGGAACUGGAAACGUCACGGUCGUUAACAGUACCACCCAACAGCAAAUGCAACAACAGCCGCACGGAGCCUAUCCUCAGCCGGCCUAUCCUCCUCCUCCACAGUAUGGGGGACAACCUCAACCAUAUGGGGCUUAUCCACAACCAGCAUAUGGGGGCCCUCCUCCUCCACCAUAUGGAGCCCAACCUCAACCACAUGGGGGGCAAGCCGGACCGGCUUAUCCACCUCAACCAGCAGUAAACCAUCCCAAUCAACCAGAGAAGUACUAACUCCAAACAAGCAGUAUGGACGUCAUAACAGAUUACGUGUGGCUAAAGGCUACACACAGAGAACCUAGGAACAUGACCAUCCACAUAGAUUGUGGGAAAAUAUAUAGCGAGGUUGAGAAACAACCGAAAAAUAUUAAAUAAGUCCGUAUUAAGCCUGAGUGAUUUAAAAAAAAAUAGAUUUAUAUAUUUUACAAUUUUAUAAAUAACAAUUAUUGAUUAUAUCUAUUUUACCAAGUACUUUGUAAUUGAAAUGUGUUUUCGUAUUAACCCUAUAGCCACGCUCUUUACUUAUGUAUUUAACAGGUUUCGCGUGUUUACCCUUUUUGAUGUUGUGAGCCUGUUGCUCUUUUUUGCCUGCUACAUUUGAAAUUAAGAUAUAUUUGGGAAAGAUGAUGUGUGCCUUAUUAUUUGUUGAUCAAUCAUUAAUUUACUAGAAAUUCUAUUAACCAAAGAUGACGCAUCCUUCCUGAGCUUGUCCUAUCACUCUGACUAAGUUGAGUGAAGUUUUUGUAUGUGUACCUUUUUGGGUAUAAAAAUCCCGCAAGUUGCACUUGCAGUUGCCAUUUGGUUUCUCGAUUCUGCAAAGAAUUAACUGUGCAAUCACUCCUAAACUUACGAUCAAGUUUUCAAGUACCAUUCCGAACAAGUUGAGUGGAACAUUCUGAUCGCGAACUUGGUUAACUGGUUUUUUUGUUAGCACAACCACAAUAUAUCUAACAAAUGCGUGUAGCAUCAUCACUCGGCAAAAGAAACCAACUCCUGCACAAUGAACUAUUCCAUCCUUUGAAUUGGAAGAGUUCAAAUGUGGUUUCAGGGGUGAAUGGGUUAGUUCGAAAAUAAUAUAUGCAUGCUCAUAUAUUAUUGUCCAAUAGUAUGUGGUUAUAACUAAUUAAAAGUGUCGUUACAUCGCAAACAUGGUAGAGAUUCAAAACUAGUGUAGUAUUUAUCAAUACAGUGUGUUUAGUGUGUGGUCGUAACCAACGAAAAGUGGCGUAACAUCACACACAUGGUAGAGAUUAAGUCAUAAGUAAGUGGUAUUUAUCAAUACAGUGUGUUUAGUGCGUGGUUGUAACCAAAGAAAAGUGUCAUUACAUCACACACAUGGUAGAGAUUAAGUUAUAAGUAAGUGGUAUUUAUCAAUACAGUGUGUUUAGUGUGUGGUUGUAACCAAUGAAAAGUGUCGUAACAUCCCACACACUGGAUAUAUUCCAUUAUUCUAAAGUGAUAUUUAUAAUACAGAUUGUUUAACAUUAUAUUUGAAUUUGAUACUAGGUGUAAAUGACCAACUGCUUUGAGCCUGUAUUAAUAAAUGAAAGACAUGUCAAAAA